AUGGAGGCUGCGAGACCAGGGUGUAGAGAGUCCGAGGCAAGAAGGGAUGGGCCAGACUGUCCAACACCAAAGACCGACAGCGGCAAUCCCGUCAUCACCAUGCUCCGGAUUGGCAACGAGGGGUCAGGACGUAAGGAGUCGGGUGCCGGUGAGAACGGCUCGAGGCAUGCUUUGCCGAACAAUGACAGCACCAGGCCUCCGCAGGCAACGCCUCUAAAGGGCACAGAAAAUCCAAGCUGUAGAAAGUCAGAGGCAGGCACCAGCAAGCUCGGCCAUGCGGGGCUACGCAAGAAAGGCAAAGGGCCCGUGUGGGUCAUGUCUGGUGCCAGCGCUACCAAGCCCAGGCGCGCGGAGCUUCGAGGCGGUGGUGGCAAGCCCAGCCAUGCUGCAUCCAGCACAGGUAACAUAGAGCCGGGUUUAGAAAUGCCCAACACCGGGAAGGCAAGACCUGCACACGCGAAGGAUCUGAAAAACAGUGAGCUUCCAAGACGGAGAGAAUCCAGCACUGACACUGCAAAGUCCAUGCGAGUGGACGACCGCAAACUCAAAAAGGAGCCUGACCCAGCGCAAUCCGGCACGAGCAACAGCAGGUCAGGCCGACACAUGCUGGAGGUCGAAGCAGCGGGCUCUACUCGUCCGAAGCCGUGA